AUGCUAGCGCUCUCCUGCCUCACCCCGGCCUUCACGCCCUCGCGGCAACCGUGGGCGCUCCCUCCCUCCACGCGCGCGUGCCGCAUCCGCGCUGCCGCCGACGACGGCGUGGGCGGCUCGCUCGCGGUGCUCGGCGGCUCGCUCGCGCGGGUCGCAGACAGCACCGACGCGGUCGGCUGGCAGCGAGUCGGGCCUGGCUGGCUGCGCCUCGGUCCCGCGACUCCGUGGGCGACGGUGCACUUUGUCGGCGGCGCUGCGCUCGGCAUCGCGCCGCAGCUCGCCUACGAUACGCUGCUCAGCCGGCUCGCGAGCUCGGCCGACGUCGCGGUGAUCGCGACGCCGUACGAGCUCGGCCUGGACCACCGCAAGCUCGCCCGGCGUGUGGCCUCGGACUUUGACGUGGCGCUGGAGGAGAGCCGCGCGCAAGGUCUCGCGCCGGCGGAGGGCGCUCCCGUCUUCCGGGGCGGCGGAGCGGCACCCUACGGAGGCGCGGUGCGAGAUGCGUUUGCCUUUGUGCAGCAGCUGGGCGUCGCGCAGGGCGUGGCCGUCGAGGUUUCCCCCACGCCCGACGAGCUCGCCGCCGCCCUCGCGGGGUACGCGCCCGCUGCGACGGCGGUCUUCACCUUCGACGGCGACUCGCUCGACUGCUCGGCGGAGCUGCUCGCGGCGCUGCCGCCGACGGCGGGCGUGCGGCGGUUCGAGCGGGCGGGCUCGCACACGGCGCCCGUCUCGCUCCGCCUCGCCGUCUCGGACAUCAACCCGCAGCUGGCCGCCCUGCUCGGCGGCGGCUCGCGCACCGUCUCCAUCGGCGACGCGGAGGCGGCCGAGCAGCUCGCAGAGGCGCUGGCGGAAUGGCUGUGGCCUGCGGGGGUAGCGCGGCCGGCGGGCGCGACGAUGCUCCCGCCUGCCGUCGGAGCCGCCGAGGGAUCGAGCGAGCCGUGA